AUGGCGGUCAUCACAGUUUUAUCUCUUCCGCCGGAGAUUCUCUCGCAGAUCUUCUCGAAUCUGAAUCCCUUCGACCUCGCAUCCGUCGCCAAAACAUUCAACCGCCAAUUCUACCACGCGGCUCUCCAGGUACUAAAGCCCUCCAUCCCAUGGAUGCAGAAUGCCCAGCGCAUGUGUUCGCUGUUUUCCACCUCCCGGGAGGGGCUCCUAAUGCCGUCAUUUCCGGGCCACAUCGGCACCUUCAGCCCUGACUGGACCCAUCGGAAUGUCGACAUUCCUACGGGCGAUUGCGAACGCUUCGGAUUGAACCCCGCAAAAAGCCCGUACGUUAGAUGCUCACCGCCCGACUUGCGGAGCUGGAUGAAGCUAGACGGAACCUUUGAUUGGCUGGAGCCCCUCGAUGAGAAAACGGCAAAGCAAAUGGGACCUCACACGGGCCCCGUGGGUGCUCGCCCCGUAGCCCCGGAUUGGAAGGUUGACGAUUUCAUCAAGCAGACCGAGAGGCUUGGCUUGACGCUGCCCCAGGGCUUCGACACGUUCCUGAGGAGCGAGCACUUGCAUUACCGCAUCCCGAGCAGCUCGGCUUGGUACUUUUAUCUGGACGGGAUUAUUGAAUGCCCCUCUUGCAUUGACGGCGGUGCCGGCGGGUAUCUCGUUCGUUUUUACUUCGAUCAGCAAUACUGCGCAUUCUCGCAUCUCUACAUGAACAAGAGCGGCAACCAUUGCAUCCUAUACACGGAUAUAGACCUGUACAGCUUCAACCCUGCCGCGUGGGGUGACGAGGACAGCGAGCAAAGCAACAGAGUCAGUCUUGAAGAGAUGAUCCGCCGGGACUAUGGAGAGGACCACGACGUCAGGGAUGAAAUCCCAAUCGUGGGCGUGACUUUUGAGGAGUAUUUGGCUUCCGUUUACUUUGAGGAGCUUCUCAAUUUUCGGGCACCGCCUUCUAAGGCAUUGAGAGAAUAUGUCGCACACGUUUACAGACCGGCGGCCGAGGUCAAACCUAUGCGAGAAUACAACACUGCAAUCAAAUCGUUUUUCGACGAAUGGCAACGCCGUCGCAAGAACGAUAUCGCCGGCGUACUUGGAGAUGAAUCAAUUGGCGAAUGA